CAGGCUUGGUCAUCGGCCAAGACGCACGGUAUUAUGUUCUCACCUUGGAAAAAAAAGCUUGCACCACAUUGAACAAUAUACAUUUCCCGAAAGGUGCAUUAUCCGGUGCAUAUACACAUAUAUAUACAUAUAUAUUAUUUGAUCCUUGUUUCUUCUCGUCUUCGAAUCGAAGAACGGUCGCCAUAACCAAACCGUUAUCCUUCGAAAUAUCGCGACGGUGUUGAACAUCACUUCGAACAGACUUUUGUCGAGUAAAGAGAAAGAGAAAAAAAAGAGAAAGAAAAAAGAAAGGGAAAAAAUAAGAAAUAAAACGAUUUGGAGAGCAAAUCUUCCUGUUAUUUCUUCCUGGAUGAUUGAAAUCGCGUACAGCCAGUGGAUAAAAGAUAUCGGGAGAGGAAGAGAUCGAUCGAUUAGAAAAUAUUUUAUGGAAUAAUGCGCGUGAUUCUCAAGAAAUAAAACGAAGGUGCACGUUUCUUCGCCUGUGCCUGCAAGAAGCAUUCUUUCCUCUGGAAUUUGUACCGAUAAGGGCGUGUGCAUAUCGCAGUUGCUGUUUAUACAAGAAGGAAUCGUGAACGAAGGAUCGAUAUUAACACCGUAAACAUGAGAUUAUUUACAUUUUGGAAGAAACGAUCGGAUAAAGAAGCUGGAGUACGAGGCGACAGCUCACGAUGCAUCGAGUUUGAAAGGUCGCGACAAAAGAUUCGGGAGGGUAUACGGAAUCGAAUUUACUCGAGGACCAUAAUACUCCCUGUAAUCGCGCGCCACUCUUCGAAAGAAAUCGCGAUCCUUCGAAACUCGACGAAAGACAUGUCUCAAGUUCCUCUUAUCGCCGCUGAAGAAACUUCAACAACGGAAUCCCCGACUUGUAACAUGGUGAUUCUCGAGGCCGGUCUACCUGGAGACACGUGGAGAUACUGCGUGGAAAGGGAACGACUAGCUGAAAGAUCGGAAUGGUUUCGCGCGAUGCUCGUCGGUCCUCUCGCACCUGCACCCAGCGAUCCUCCGCCUCUUUUGAAGCUUCAACACGUGGAAAAAAGAGCCUUCGAUUAUCUGCUCAGAUAUCUUCUCGACGAGCCGAUCAAUUUUCAAUCUGUAUCCACUGCUAGAGCAACCCUCGAUGCAGCUCAUCAAUAUCUCUGUCCAGAAUUGGCACGACUUGCUGUUCAAUAUCUCGAAAGAAAUCUAAACUCGAACACUGUGCUCGAAAUCUAUCAAGGCCUUAGUCUUUACGCGAACCACAUAACCUCUUCUCUCAAUCGAUCAUCGAAUUUACCCACAGCUCCUCCGGCGCCUGGCGACGAUGCUGGUGAAAUAGCCGCAGUCUGUACGCGACUUCUGACCGCUUGUUUCAACGUGAUCGACUCGGAACCAGAGGCGGUCUUCGACCAGGAACAUUUUGAGGAAUUGAACUCGGCCGAGGUCGAGGAAUUGGCGUGUCGUGACAGCUUGAGAUUGGCCAACGAAUCCACGCUGUUUCACGCUUUGGACAGGUGGGCAGCGUCCGAGUGCAGGAGAAACGGUGUCGAGCCAUCGGCUAGCAAUAAAAGAUCCGCUUUAUCCGACGAUGUGUGGUACAGCGUUCGGUAUCCUCUUAUGACCGACAGAGAAUUCAUCGAAGGCCCUAUGGCAAGUGGAAUCCUAUCGAGCGAGGAGUCGGCUUAUAUCGUGGCUAGAAUUUUGGGACAUACGAGAAAUGACGAGAGUGAAGAGCUUAGAAAUUCGAUCGGUGGACCAUUACCCAGGUUAACCAGCACACCAAGAGUCGGUGUUAGGACGUACGAGGAUCAAAGCUGCAGGAUGUCAAAACCAGGAAAAAAAGAAUGCCAGGACAAUCGAAAAAAUAGAAGAAAGGAAUGCGCGACUCAAGGACAGAGAACUUGUGCGAGAAUUGGUAAUUGCCUCGUACGAGUUCUCGCAUGUAUUUUCGAUUGAACGACGAAAAGAAGAGAGCCAAGAUAAAGAUGGAAUCGAUGAAAUUGGCAGAUUCUUGAAUCUCCCACCGAAAAUUAAAUUUCUUUUUUACCGAGUCUUUUGUAACGUAUUAUACGAUGUAAAACAUUCUGAUUUCUUUUGACUUAUUAAUUUAGAUGCUAAGAAGGAUAAUGAUUCUGCGUUGAAUAUCAAGAAUCAUUUGCUACCGUAUAAUCGCUGAAAUAUCGUUCAGAGCUUGUCUUAUAGAUCUCGUUUCGUUUUCAUAUUUGUUCUUUUUUUUUUUUCCUUUUUUUAUUUUAUUUUUGCAAAUAAUCGUUAUACAAUGACAAGAAAGCUGAAAGAGGCUGAAAUUUAAUUAUGCAUUAUAUGUUAAUAAUGUCGUUUUUCGUUAGUUUUAUAUAUAAGCUUUUAGAUGAUGACGUUCCUCCUUGAGAUGAGAUAUAUUCUUAGAGUAGAAAAAUGAAUUUUAUAUGAUUGAAAUGUUUUCGAAUUUUAAAUGACUGUUUUGUGGUUUACAUAUUUUAUUCAUUUUCAUUUUCUUUUAUAGAGAUAUUUACUUGUUAUAUAAUCACAAUAAAUUUUGAUAAAAAAAUUUUUUGAUUUCAAAAAUAAUUUCAAUAAUGGUGAUUUCAUAUAUUAUAGAAAUAACAUUUGCUUGACUUUUCCUAUAGAAUAAUAAUAUUCAUGUUAUAUUGAUCUUUAAAUUAUGUUGCAUAUAAAGCAAAUAUUUAUAAACUUCUUGAUAAUAAUUUAACAUUGAUAUGAUGUUGAAGAAAAAACUUAUUUGAAAAUCGUGUUUUUAAGUUAUUAUUUUAAAAUAGAUCA